AUGAGUAAAGUUCUCUUAACAGGGGGAAAUGGCUUCAUUGCCGCCCACGUUUUGAAAACACUUUUGGAUCGCGGACAUACGGUUACCACCACCGUCCGAUCUACGAUAAAGGGCGAUCAAAUUCUUGCAGCGUACCAAAACACCCCGAAAGAGAAACUGUCAUAUGUUGUGGUCAGCAACAUCGCCCGCGAAGGCGCCUUUGAUCAUGCUGUUCAAUCUGAUCCCCCCUUCGACUGUGUCAUCCACACUGCGUCGCCAUUCCAUGAGAACUUUGAUGAUCCCGUGACAGACCUGCUCGAUCCUGCCAUCAAGGGAACCAUCGGCCUGCUUCGAGCAAUCAAGAAUCACGCACUCCAGGUAAAGCGUGUCGUUUUGACCUCGUCGUUUGCCGCUAUCGUCAAUAGUGCAUCGCCGCCUCUGGUAUACGACGAAAAUUCGUGGAAUCCUAUAAGUUGGGAUGAGGCCGUGGCUGAACGCUCUCUGGCGUAUCGCGGCAGCAAGAAACUUGCGGAAGAAGCGGCAUGGAAAUUUGUCGCAGAGGAAAAGCCCAACUUUGACUUGGUGACAAUGAACCCGCCAAUGGUGUACGGCCCGGUUAUCCAUCAUCUUGAGAACUUCGAUCGCCUCAACACGUCUAACCAGAGGAUUCGCGAUUUCAUCCAAGGAAAGAUUAAAGACAAUGAGCUGCCCCCGACCGGUACGUUCUUGUUUGCUGACGUCCGAGAUCUUGGGCUAGCACAUGUGAGGGCCAUAGAGGUUCCCGAGGCGGCAGGCAAACGCUUUUUUAUUACUGGAGGGCAUUAUUCAAACAAAAGAAUUGUCGACGCUAUCCGGGACACAUACCCGGAGCUUGCACCAAAGCUACCCAAGGAUCCGAUUGAUGACUUCCCUGAAGAUGUAUACGGCUAUGAUAACUCCAGGGCCCGCCAGCUCCUAGGAAUCGAGUUUCGGCCACUUCGGGAAUGCAUUGGCGAUGCUACCGAGACUUUUCUCAAGUUAGGGAUUGUGUAG